AUGUUUACUUGUGCUUGUGAAGCUUGCUAUGAACAUCGAUCACAAAUAAUUGGAUGUAUGAAAUUUUAUGGUACACCCUCAAGAAUUCAUUUAACAAGUACGGUUCAACAAAAUGAACAACAACAAAUAACAUCUACUCGAAUACAAAAUUUAAAAGUUGAUAAUACUUUGGUUCGCACAAAUAAUGAUGCAGCAUACGUCUACCAAUAUGGGAUCAUAUUUUAUGUUCGUCUAAUUUAUUUGUUUAUUGUUCCUGAUUUAUCGCGGAUUGUUUUCAUGGAAACAAGUAUCACACCACCAUCCUUACAACUAACGAAUAGUACUGGGCAAUUAGAUAUUCAUCCUUCAAGACAAAUAAAAUUAUUUCCAAGUUAA